GAGAAAUGUAUUUAGUUGGCAAUCAGCUGUUUUAGUAGUGAUGUUUCUUGAAAAAAAGUUGUGUGUGAAAAAAUUUGUAAAAUUUUAGUUUUUUAAUAAAUAAAAUUAGAGUUUUAAUUACAAAUAUUGCAAAAAACUAAAGGAAAUGUAUCCUGUUUUCAUAAAAAGUGGCUAUAGAAAGUUUUUAUUACAAUGUGGCAAACGUGUUACUGCCAACUUUUCACCUACCGUCGUCGUCAUAUCACGUUACACCAACAACGAUAGUAAAUCUGAUGAUCAUGUUGAUGAUAAUGACUUCGUUGUGGUUGAUGGCAUUAAGCUUCCGCCGGAACCCACUACAUGCUGUAUGUCCGGUUGUGCAAAUUGUGUUUGGAUCGAUUAUGCCGAAACAAUUGCCAAGCUAAUGGAUGGCAAUACGGAUAAAGUUCGUGAGUUGGUAUUGGAGAAAAUCGAAGAUCCCAAUUUGCGUAUGUUUUUGAGCAUUGAAUUGAAAAGCAUUCAAUAUAAAAAGGAUACAGAGUCGCCAAAGCCUACCACUGCUGAUGGCGAUAGCAAUAAACCAAUCAACUAAUCUCCAAAGAUAAUCCCUUAUGCUCAUAUAAUUGAGACAUAUAUUCGUUGUUUCUAUCCAUAUCGAAUAUUCCGAAUUGUACAAUGUUUUGUUAGUUUUAGAAUUAGUUGCAUUUACCUUUAGUUAAAAUCUUUUCAAAUAAGAAAUAAUUGAAGAAAAUCAUGUUUACAUUACACCCAAUAUGGUUAUGGAAGAUAAUGUU